UAACCCUUGGGGCGCGUUCACAUCGGGCGCGUUCUUCUCGGCAGGAUUUUCGGUUUAUGUACGCAUGCGUCGCACGCGAGCUUGCGUCGCGUCUCCAGCGUUUCGCGUCAAACUAAUCACUUUUGAGAACCCACCUCGGGACCCUUGAGUUCUACUCGUAUAGGACCUUUCAAACACAAGAACGCGCCCCCUAAGAUGCCCAAACCGCUGACUAAGUAGGCAGCUGACUGGAUUUGGAGACAGCCCAUAUUCACACCGAGAGUCCGCGUUCAAAAAGGACUUUCCCGAAUUGCAGGUAGACUCAUCUGAAGCCAAGGAGGGGGGAAAAAUCAUGUGACGCUUACAGAAGAAUUUGGAUAUUUUAGGGGGGAAGUUUUUGAGAAAAAAAUCUUCAAAAGAAAGAAGUUGGUUCAAACCCAGUCCGUCUCAGAGAGAAUAAUGGAUCGUGUUUCGUAAAGGCAUUGCUGAUUCCGUACAGGUGUGUCGACGAAUGCAGAGGAGAUGGGGGGCUGCUGGAGAUGGUGCUACACGACCUGCAGCUGUUGCCUGCCCGAAGAUGAGAAGAACGCCAUCGCCAUACACAACGAAAUCAAACGAAUCCUUGCAGAUCAGAAGAAACGAGAACGCAGAGAAAUCAAAGUGCUCCUACUGGGCACUGGAGAAAGCGGGAAGACGACUUUUAUCAAGCAGAUGAGGAUUAUUCACGGCAAGGGCUUUUCCGAAGAAGACCGGCGUGGCUACACUAAACUGGUUUUCCAGAAUAUCUUCACAGCGAUGAAGGCUCUGACGGCAGCCAUGAAUACCCUAAGGAUUCCCUAUGCAAACCCUCAAAACGAGAUCUAUGGGAAACAGUUUCAGGAAGUGGAGAUUCGUCAGAUGGCACAUUUGGACAGAAUGUAUGUGGACGCGAUCCGCCGUCUUUGGGCUGACGAGGGGAUCAAGGCCUGUUACAGUCGUCGUCGAGAGUUCCAGCUUCUGGACUCCACAGAAUACUAUAUGGCAAAUUUGGACCGUAUUGCGGGCCCAGACUUCGUCCCAAAUGCCCAGGAUGUGCUCCGAGUCCGAUUCCCCACCACAGGCAUCAACGACUACUCCUUCAGUGUGGAGAAAAUCACCCUCAGGAUUGUGGAUGUGGGUGGCCAGAAGUCCGAGAGGAGGAAAUGGAUCCAUUGCUUUGAGAAUGUGACGUCGCUCAUAUUUUUAGCCUCUCUCAGCGAGUACGACCAGGUGCUGGAGGAGAAUAACAAGGAGAACCGCAUGAAAGAGAGCUUGUCGCUCUUCUACACCACCAUCCACUCGCCAUGGUUCGCCAGCUCCUCCAUCAUCCUCUUCCUAAACAAGAUGGACAUCCUGGAGGAAAAGAUCAAGACCUCAGACCUAAAAAGUUACUUCGGAGGGUUUGACGGCAAACGCCGGGACGCGCAAGACGCCAUGGACUUCAUUCGCAAUAUGUAUAAACAGAGGGCUUUGAAGGCGGAGACCAAGGAGUGCAAAAACAUCUACCCUCACUUCACCUGCGCCACGGACACCAAUAACAUCCGCAUGGUUUUCAAUGACGUGAAAGACACUGUCCUUAUCAAGUCUCUGCAGGAAUAUGGAGUGCUCUGACUGCCAGCCUAAUAAACUGAGCUUGACGGGACGCACAGUUGAUGGCUUGAACUGUUUUUCCUUGUGCCACCCCUCUAUGCAGCCUUCCAUUUCUUUGUGGUUCGCUCCAUCUAUUCCUAUAUUCCUGCUUUGUUGGUGGAUUAAAACAUCUGAUUCUUACGGGGUAUGAUUGCAAGUCCCCUACUUAAAGAGACAUCACUCUGAAGGAAUGAGGAAGCUGUGACUGUCACAGGAGGCAGAUUUUCAGCGUGUAUCGGUUUCGAGGGGGCGGCAGGAAUUUUACACAUUAUAGCCACAGGCAAGAAUGAACUGAGAAAUACAACGCAACGUUUGACCCAAAUAUGUGACUUUACUGAUUACUUGGAGAAAGAGAAUGGAGAGGUUCUUUUCAAAAAGGAUUUAAAAGUAACAUGGAAGCCCGUUUCUGCCAAAGAAAUAAAUUAAUAAUAGAUAACUAAUAAUGAAUACGCAUAAAAAGUAUAAGCUGCUGCUAAGACAAGUCUGAAAAGUGUACAAUAUGUGAGAAGUCGCAACUGGUAGGAAAAAGCGUUUACACUUUAUUUUAAGGUGUCCUUGUUACAGUGUAAUUGUACAUUUAAGAACUGAGUAAUAUUAAUUAACUACAUGUGCUUACUGUAUGGUUAAGAUUAGGUUUGGCUUAGGGGUACUUGUGUGUAGUUAAGCGUAAUUUAUUGUUAUUAUAAUAGCAAGUACAUGUAACCUUAAAAGAAAGUGUUACCAAAAAAAAAGUACGAAUCGUGAGAUAACAUCGCAAUAAAUGUUUUUUUUUUUUAUUAUGGUGGUGGAAAUAAAAUUGAAAAGAAUUGCAAGAACUAAAGUUAAAAUUUUUGGAAUUGCAAGUGUGUGUGUGUGUGUGUGUGUGUGUGUGUGUGUGUGUGUGUGUAUAAAUUAUAUCACAAUAGUGAGAAAUAAAGUCCGAAUCCUUGACGGAAACAGGCUUCCAUAAUUUUCUUUCUGUUACAUGUAAUUUUUUUAUUAUUACACAAACAGAAACCAGAUUGUUACAAAAAGUUGGGGUCUUAAAUUCUAAAUCUGUCAAAUUAAAUCUCACUCUUUGUAAUCUGUAAUCAUUUUUUUUGGUCUCACUUUAUAUGAACUACUAUGUGCUUACAUUUAAAUGAAUCUUUUGGUGCAAUGUACUUAUUGUGUACAUGUUUUUUUACAUCGUACUUAUAUUGUAAUAAAUACCUACGUGUAAUUACAUCUGAAAUUACAUGUAUAAUUACACUAUUGACCAACCCCCCUUGAACCUUAACCCACCCUUAAACCUACCCAUACCACCAAACCUGUCCCUAACCUUAUGUAUCCCACCUUAAUAGCAGCAGAAGUGUUUUGCUAUGCAGUAUGAACAUAAUAAGUACAUUGUGCUUAUUUUUUGAUGCAUGUACAUAGUAGUUCUUUUUUUCUUAAACUAUUUUAUUUUAGAGAAAGAAAUGCUCUUAUAUAUUUGCUCAAAAUAUAGGUAACACUGUUACUUUCAUGUCAAAUGUAUGAAUUCACAAUGCAUAUAUAUAUAUAUAUAUAUAUAUAUAUAUAUAUAUAUAUAUAUAUAUAAAU